AUGCCCCAGCAUGUCUUUGUCGACGCGUUGGUCGUUGGAGCUGGUUUUGGCGGGAUUUAUGCAACGUACCACCUUCGGCAACUAGGCCUUGAUGUCAAAUGUAUUGACAUUGCAGAGGAUGUUGGAGGAACAUGGUACUGGAACAAGUAUCCCGCAUGGGAUGACGAACUUCAUCGAUGGCGGGUCAGCACCGCUACCGACGGCUUGUUCUUGACACGGCAUCUGGUGAACUGUUUGGGCGUCCUUUCAAAGCCUAACUACCCCGAUAUUCCUGGCUUAGAUUCUUUUUCGGGACGGUUGAUCCACACUGCAAGAUGGGAUGACACAAUUACGCUAUCAGGGAAGAAAAUUGGUGUCAUCGGCAACGGCUCAACGGGAAUUCAAGUCAUGACAGCAAUUGCCCCAAUUGUUGCGGAUCUUAAGUCUUUCCAGCGUCAUCCCCAGUAUUCAGUCCCCAGUGGUCAAGACGCAAUUUCUUCAGCAUAUCACCAAAAUAUCAAAUCUAGGUACAAGAGCAUCUGGGAAAGCGUCAAGUCGUCGGCGGUUGGGUUCGGCGUCCCUGAAGUGAACCGGAAGACCAUGCAGACGACUCCCCGGGAAAGAGAAGCUGCAUUUCAAAAAGCGUGGCAGCGUGGGAAUGGCUUCAGAUUUAUGUUCAGCACAUUUGGAGAUAUCGUAUCUGAUGAAAGCGCCAACGAGGAAACUUGCAAAUUCAUCCGUGGCAAGAUAGAUGAGGUCGUCACGGAUUCGCGGUUCGACGCCAUCGAGGGUAACUAUCUACAUCUCAGUAUUCAUGGCCGUGGAGGCAAAACGAUCCAAGAACAUUGGCAAAAUGGACCAAAAGCCUAUGGCGGCAUUGCUUGUGCAGGUUUUCCAAACAUGUUUUUGGUCUCUGGGCCCCAGGCACCAUUCGCCAACUUUCCCCCAGUCAUUGAAAGCGAAAUCGAGUUCAUCAUGGCUUGCAUUGAUCGUGCAGAAAAGCACAACGUCGUUGAAGUGAACAAACAGUCGAGGCCGAUGGUCAUGGAGCUUACCGAAGAGGCCAAAAAUGAAUGGUCAAUAUUGUGUGAACAGCUUGUCGAAGGCUUAUUGUUCAAGAAGACAAGAAGCUAG